AUGAUCCGACCAGUCGACAGUGAUCGUCAGGCCGGUCGAGCCAGCACGGCCGCGACCGGCACUGAAGAUGACAUCCAAGACGAUGGACAUCAAGAAGAGACUGUUUUCCUCGAUAGAGAGCCGAUGGAUGCACCACAAGCCGAUGUUUCUGAAGUCGUUGGGAAGUUCGGACGUUACCACUUCAUACUGAUCGUGGUCAACAUCCUAAGAGCCAUACCGAUCGGUUGGACGUUGACGUCAGUGGAUUUCUUGGCAGGAGACGUCGAUCAUUAUUGCGCGGCUCCUGCUCACUACAACGGCUCGGAUUGGGAAACAGUCGUCAAUAAUCCUGACAUGAGAUGCUCUAGAUACCAUGUGGACGAGAGCGGAACAUUGAAUGUCUCGCAUCCUCCGGAAGCUUGUAGUUCCUGGAAAUAUAACGAGACCCAACCAUCGAGUGCCGUGGUCGAGUGGGACCUCGUCUGCGAGCGGGCAUGGAUGAGAUCCGCUAUACAGAGUGUAGCCUUCCUCGGUCAGCUAAUCGGAGCACUGGUCUUCGGAAAGCUCGCCGACAAAUACGGGCGUUUGCUGAUGUUCGACGUAGCCGCCGUAACGAUGCUGAUUUUCGGUGCGGCCGGAAGCUUCGCGCCGGUCGUGGAAAUGUUCAAUGCGAUUCGGUUCCUGCAAGCAAUGAGCACGGCGGGACUUCAAACCCUUUCUGCAGCUCUUUAUUCCGAGGUGGCGCUCCCCGCUGAUCGGAAUUAUCUCCAUCUUGGGAUGACUCUGGGACUAGGGAUCACUCAACUGCUCUUACCGGCAAUGGCUAAAUGGUUCGACAACUGGCGCUAUGUACAACUCGCGACCGGCUUGAGCGCAAUCGCCCUUCUGCCCUUCCUUCUCUACCUGGAGGAAUCUCCCAGAUGGCUUUUGUCGGUGGGCCAACACAAACGCGGAGAAAGGGCGUUGGAGCGAAUUCUGCGGAAGAACAGGAGCGACGUCACGGAUCUGGCCAAGAAAAUGCCUCAGCUGAUCUCGAAAGCCUCAUGUGGUCCACCGAGCGCCGGUCUGAAGGAUCUCUGGCCCCACCAAAAUGUCAGGCGGAAUCUCUUCACGAUGUUCCUUCUUUGGGCCAUCAACAAUUUGGCGCUUUUCGGAAUUACUUACCUCCCGUCAAAACUUGGAGGGGAUCGCUUCUUCAAUUUCACCGCUGCCAGCUCUGCUGAAAUCCCCGCCGGCUUCGUUGGUCUCUACGUCAUUCGGAAAUUGCGGCGUCGCAAUUCUCUGACUGGUAUCCUCCUGAUUUGUUCGUCAGCCCUCUUGGCUACAGCGUUGAUUCCGAUGGAAUUCGUCUACAUUCGGGUUGCCUGUAUGUUUGUAGCGAGGUUCUGCGUCGUUAUCACAACUGCGACAAUGUGGGUUUUCACAAUGGAACUUUUCCCGACUUCGAUAAGGAGCUUCGCGCUCUCCCUGUGUUUCUUCGUGGGCCGGACCAGCGCGGCUCUGGCGCCUUUCCUUCGAGAUCUGGCCGAUUACUACCAACCAGCACCUUUCGCAUUACUGGCGAUCCUGACGGCGAUAUGCGCCGUGCUGCUGCGGAUCACUCCCGAAACCCUCGGGAAACCCCUACCCGACACGAUGACAGAAGCCGACCGCAUCGGCAAAGAAGAUAAGUUGUCGAAGCUCGGAGUGUGAACUGAGAACGCGAUUUUCGGACGGCGUCGUAUACUCCCAUCUGAGCACUAUUAUUUCACUCAU